UCCGCUAUGGCGACAAAAUUGGCUUUCAAUCCUUAUGAGGUGCUUGGAUUGGAACGAGGUUGCAGUGACAAGGAUGUACAAAAAGCCUAUAAGCAGCAGUGUCUGCGGUGGCAUCCGGAUAAGAAUUUGGAUAACAAGGAAGAAGCUGAAAGAAGAUUCAUUGCUGCAAAAGAGGCAUUUCAAUUUUUGUUUGAUAAAAGCAAGAGGGGCGAAUAUGAUCGCGACUACGAGAAAGUCAAGCACCGUGAAGCCGCAUAUAAAGCUCGUAUGGAAAAAGCGGAUGGUGCCAGAAGAAAAUUUAUAGAUGAGCUUCAUGAAAGAGAGAAAGAGUUUGCUGAAAGAUCUAGGACUGCAGAACAUUUGACUCCUGCGCAAGCCCAUCAAAGGCGAAAAGAAGAGGAGAAGAAGAUACGGGUCGAGUUCGAGGCUUUGCGAAGAAAAUUAGAGCAAGAAGCAGCUGAUGAAUUGCACGCGCAGCAGGAAAGGCUUGCUCGACUUGUGAAGGGACAGGAAGAAGAGAAGAAACGACAAGAGGCCGAAGACAAGCAUCCUACCUUGCAAGUAAAAUGGAAACCAUCUGAGGGGACUGAUUACGACGAGACGAGUUUGAGGAGUGUUUUUGAGAAGUAUGGUAAAAUCGUAACGAUAACGCCAAUACGCACCACCAAGAAGGGUGGCCGAUUAUGCAUGAUUGAAUUUGAUACUGAUCUCACCGAGUUGGGCGCAGAACUGGAACAAGGUAGCAAUGGGCCUGAGAUAUCAGGGAAACGUCCACGAAUGUUAGCUGUUUGGUCACUAAUUCUUGCAUUACUUCUAAAACAAUUCUGCUCUAUUCCCUAUUUCAGUCCUCCUCGACUUAGUUUUGCUGGUGUUCGCGUUUCUUGCAUAAUGUGCCAUGGCCACUUCAAAAGUUUCGUUGCUUAG